GGCCAUGUCUUGGCGCCGCGCGAGUCGGCUGCGGACGCUGUUUGCCCGGAGCGGGAACAAAAGCAGCUCAGCUGGAGUGCUUGGCGGGACAGCAGGGACUGCGGCCUCUGGGAUGGGGAGUAACACAUCAUCAUCUUUAGAGAAGUCAGCUACUGCUCCUGUGAACCAGAUUCAAGAAACGAUUUCAGAUAAUUGUGUGGUGAUUUUCUCAAAAACAUCAUGUUCUUACUGUACGAUGGCAAAAAAGCUUUUCCACGACAUGAACAUUAACUAUAAAGUAGUGGAAUUGGACAUGCUUGAAUAUGGAAACCAAUUUCAAGACGCUCUUUUCACAAUGACCGGGGAGAGAACUAGCUUUUCUCAAGAUGAAAGUAGUCUUUGGUUUUUGACUGGGACAAUAUAGACCAGGACAGUCUUCAGUUACUGAACUGAAUAAGGCAAGUGUACUGGUGUGCCAUAUCUUAAGCUUUUGGGGUAGAUUUUUCUAUAGUCUGUAAUGAAAAACGUACUGUUUUUGAUAUUUUCCUUCUUUGUAUGUACCUAGGCUACUAGAAUGUGCUCUUCCUCCAUAGUAAAGCAAACAUUAGGAAGAUCUACAUAAACAGACCAUAUUUUUCUUGGCUGAUUCUACAGCACAGGGUGUACAGGUGGUACAGAUGGGUAAGCACUCCAUCAUCAGCCAGGAGGUUAGCAUCUGGAACCCGCCUGGAGGCACCGUGGAGGACAGACCUGCGCAUCCGUUUCCAACAAAAUUACGCCAUUGAAAACCCCAUGGAGCAGUUCUUGGCACGCCCAGCGUCCCAGUCAGAACCCACUCAGUGUUGACUAAGAGCAUUACGUGGCCCCGUGCUUAGGAGCAGAGGCUGUGGAGUGAGGUUGUCCGAGAUCUGAAUCCCAGCCCUGCUCUUUAUUAUCACUGCGACCUUGCGCAAGUUCCUGUGUGUCCUGUGUCCGUUUCCUUCAAAAUAAGGCCCCCAAAGUGUGUAUCUCCAGAGUAGGAAAGAUUUAGAGAGAAUUGUGAACGUGCUUAGUUGGGUGCUCACUGAAUGAAAAUACCCAGGCUGUGAGCACCUAUUAUCAUGUGAAGUGAUCUUUUACUUCUGACAAUAGGGUGAGACCUAAUCUAUCAUUCUUUAUCCAACAGGUUCCAAGGAUAUUUGUCAAUGGAACUUUUAUUGGUGGUGCAACUGACACUCAUAGACUUCACAGAGAAGGGAAAUUGCUUCCAUUAGUUCA